UUGCUAUUAUCAAUGAUAGAUCCAUCAAAGGAUCCGAGAAAAUCUGGUGCCCCUCUUAUUCUUCAAAAUGGUAAGGAUAAGACUGUAGUGGAAUCUGCAAUCGCAAAACUAAACGGAGAUUUGACAAGAAAUCAAAAGAAAAAGAUACGAAGAAAGGCCAAGCGAGCAGCUCAGGGGUGUGCAGAAAAGGAAGUUUCUGCUGAUGCUGAUGCAGAUCCUGAAACAUCUGCUAAAGAGGAGUCAUCCGCUAAUGCUAAAACAAACGUUGGUUCCGCUGAAGAGCGGCCUACUACUCCUAACCAUAUAAACAGAGUAUCUGAUGCUGAUGGAACAGAGAAAAAUGGACUAGAAAAUCAGGGUAAUAAGAGGGGGAGCCGCUCCACAAGGAAGAAACUGCUGGCCUCAGUUGACCUGAAGUGUAAAUUGGUGGACUUUGGAAAUGCAUGCUGGACAUACAAACAGUUUACAAAUGAUAUCCAGACGAGACAAUACAGGUGUCCAGAGGUGAUACUUGGAUCUAAAUAUUCCACAUCAGCUGAUCUUUGGUCCUUUGCUUGCAUUUGUUUUGAACUUGCAACUGGUGAUGUGCUUUUUGACCCCCACAGCGGUGACCACUUUGACAGAGAUGAGGACCACUUGGCAUUGAUGAUGGAGCUUCUUGGAAUGAUGCCACGCAAGAUUGCCUUAGGUGGCCGCUAUUCUCGGGACUUCUUUAAUAGAUAUGGCGAUUUGAGGCACAUACGCCGACUGCGUUUUUGGCCCUUGAAUAAGGUCCUCGUUGAGAAGUAUGAAUUCAGUGAAAAGGAGGCAGAAGACAUGAAUGAUUUCAUAACAAAGUUAAAAUUGUAAUGGUUAAAAUAUACAAAAUUUAACUUUAAAUUAAUUUUUAAUAUCUUUUAAUUAAGAUAUUUCAAAAAUACUAGUCAAAUAAUAUGAAAGCAAGAAGAGAGAAGCAGCUAAACACCCAAAAAUAUAUUUGUGUUGGUGCUUACGUAUGGACAUAAAGAUCAAGACUAAGAAAAAGGAGAUGCCAUUAAAGUUAGGACAACGAGCAAGU